AGACGUCUGAAAGGUCAAAAUACCUGUCGGUAUCUAGCUGCUGUAAUCCUCAAAGAUUUGCUAGAUCACAAAUAUUCUGAGGGACAGACCAAAAUACGACGAGAAUCACAGGGUUUCUGUUCUGAAUAAUCAGAGAUAUCUAGAGUUGUGGAAAGCCGCUUUUUCUAACAGGUGUUUAACUACGGGCACUACUUAUGUUAGUUUUCCUGUCUAGCUGAAUAAACCCACUACUGGAGUCUUACCUUGUAAGUGAACCACUGGGACUUCAGAAGCGAGCUUGACGCUAGUGUAGUAGAUCUGAACUCCAUAUCCUACACUGCUUCCCUACAUAAGGCAGAACUUAACCUGCUAGCGUAAGAUUGGUAAAUUAGUCAAUAUAAGGGACGGUGAAGUCUAGCGCCAUCAGGAAACCCUGCGUAGAGGGCACUGCCAGAAGCAGCAGGAGCUGUUAAAGAACCGCAGCAGCGAGCACUAAUCGAUCGCCACUAGUCCGCAUCUACAGCCAUCGCCUGUUGUUGCUGUCCCUCUACCUACUCAUAGAGCACAAGCAGCAUUUGAGGUGGGCAGUAUAUCGGGAUUGUUAAUAAUCGUGCAGGCGUUUUUAAUCAGCUAAGGAAGCCUACAAAUAAGCAAGCUUUUACUAAGCAGACAACUAUGAUGGAAUGUCAGGAGAUGCUAUCUUCCUCACCAGCCCAGUCCUCAGAUGAGCUGGACUCUCCACUGUUGCUGAAGAAAGGGAUGUCAAUCUUUUUGGAUAUUUUGAGACGAGCUGACAAAAAUGAUGAUGGAAAGCUGUCAUUUGAUGAAUUCAAAGCCUAUUUCUCUGACGGUGUCCUAAGUGAAGAAGAACUGAGGGAGCUGUUUCACACCAUUGAUACUCACAAUACUGACAACCUGGACACAGAGGAGCUAUGUGAAUAUUUUUCGCAGCACCUUGGAGAAUAUGAAAAUGUACUUGCUGCACUUGAGAACCUGAAUGUAUCGAUACUGAAAGCAAUGGACAAAACAAAGCAGGACUAUCAAGAAGCAUCCAACCUGGAGCAAUUUGUGACUCGUUUUCUAUUGAAAGAAACUGUGAAUCAGCUGCAGUCUCUACAGAAUUCCUUGGAGUGUGCAAUGGAGACAACCGAAGAGCAAACCCGCCAAGAAAGGCAAGGUCCAGAGAAGCCAGAACUGCUGUCAGUUCAGCGGUCAGGAAAACGAUCAAAUCGAAGACUGCAGAGGAAUAAUAGUUUAUCACCCAGCAAUCCCCAUUUCAACCUUCUUGGCUCUGGAUUCCAUGAUGAAGACAACCAGUGGAUGAUCCAGAUAAACAGACUUCAGAAGCUGAUUGACAGACUGGAAAAGAAGGACCUGAAACUGGAACCAUUAGAAGAAGAAAUUACAGAAGGAACUACUAAGUCACAUAUUCUGAUAGUUCAACGUCAGAUGUCUGUGCAAGAAGACGAACUUGAGGAAUUCAGACAGGCCCUGAAACAGUACAUAGAAUCAGCAAUGUCUCAAACAGGAUGUCUUCAUGUUGUUGUGCAAAAAUUUUCCAGUGAAUCUCGCUAUCUAGUUUAUGAAUUCUGGGAGAACAGCAACGUCUGGAAAAACCAUCUUCAAACUAACUGCAGUAAGGCCUUCCAGAGAAGUAAUGUUGAUUUUCUGGAAACACCAGAGCAUAUGACAAGCAUGCUUGUACCUGCUUCGUGGUGGGUGCUGAAUAACAACUGAUGUGAACUAAUAACAAGUAUAAUGGCUCCAUUUCUGAGAGAAGACAUUAUUUGAAUACAAAAAGUUUUAACUUUUUUCUGAAUUUACCUAACAAAAGCGUGAUAGCUAUAUCAUAGUAGUGUGUACACUCACCUGUUUGAUACAGUCCAUAACUAGUUUCAUUCCUUCCAAAAUGACAUGGCAAAUAAUAUUUAUACAACAUUCUGAACUUGUUAUAAAUCAUAUAUCGCUGUAAGCACUUUAUAAAAUUAUUUAUGUUGUACAAUGUCUUAUUAGCAAAGUGAUUCACAGUUUUGUGUGCUGUAUAUCAAAUCUCUAAAUUACUGUCAUAAAUGUCAAGUGUAUUAUAAAACCUUGUGUACUACAUUGGUGCCAUGUGUUUGGUGUUUCUCUUAUAGCUUUAAAGACAAUAAACAGCUUCUGUUCUUUAUUGAUUAUA